UAUUUUGCAAGCCGUGAUGCAAUGCCUCAUGUAGAAUAUUCUUCUUCCUCCACCGCGAUUAGGGUUUUCGGAUUUUCACUUUACUCUCACUUCUUCCACCCUCUUCACCUGCAAUUGAUUUUUUUUUCUUCCAAUCGAUAAUUGAAGAACACGACAUUCCAAUUCCUCUCUCGAUUCGUUUCGCUAGCUCGAUAAUCAAAAGUGCCUGGUGAUUCGAGGUUGUGUUUACAUAGGAGUUGUUUGUGAAAAUGAGAAGGCAGGGGCACUAUGGGGAUCCAUCUGCCAACACUUGUGUUGGUGGUGGCCAGAUGCAUCAUAUGGCUGGUCAAAGGGGGGAGGCCAAGUCGGGUAAUUUUGAAGGACGGCUAGAGGCCUUUACUCCAGAAAGAGAGAAUCCGUAUGGAAAUUCCAAGCCGGAGGGUCAGUGGAGAUGGGAGAUGGAUGAAUCGAAGAUGUCCAAUUCAAUGGCAUCUCGAAUGUUUAAUGAAGGUCAAGGGGUUGAUGCUUCAAAGCCCUAUUUUCAAGGGCAGAGCCGGAACAAUAGUGAUUCCAGAUCUCAGGCUCAUGAAGAAGAUAUGGAUGUUAGAUAUGAAGGAGAACAUUUAUCACAAUCUUUUGAAGGUCUUGAGCAGAAUUUUCAUGAUGACAUCAUUAAACUCACCAAAGAACAGAAUGAUGCUGAAGAUGCAGAAUAUGCCAGACACAGAGAGAAAAUAAAUGCAAUCAAUGCUCAGUAUGAAGAAAAACUAGCAGCACUCCGAGCUCAGCAUAGCAGCCGCAGAGCUGAAUUUCUUCAAAGGGAAUCACAUGCUAGGCAACAGCAGUACCAGCAAAUCAUAAGGGAUCCUUACCCCGGUGGUGGCAUGGCACCCCGAGACCCUCAUGCACCCCGAGAUCCUCAUGGUUACAACAAUGUGAAUGAUUCAGGUGCAGGUGGAGAAGUGCAACUAGGCUAUUCUGCCGAUCACUUUGAUCCUUACCGAGAGAGAGCUCGAUUUCUUGGGGGUGGUAGAGAUCAAGGAUUUGAACCUAGAGGCCCAUAUCCUGGUGGCCGUGUCUAUGACACUGGUUCACGCUACUACAAUUGAGUUUUGACCCAAAGGUUUAUCUCCAUUUUGGGUUUCUACUGCAGGAUGGAGAAAGUUUUGAUAAAUUUGACUGGCGACGGAGAUAAUGAAGAAACUGUAGCGGGUUUUCCUGAUGUUGAUGAAAGAAAUUCUAGGAUGUAUUUAUCAUACUAGUUUGCAAAAUUUCGCUGAUUGUAUAAUCCAUAGUCUUCUGAAAAAUUUUGAUUUUUAACUUUGACGAAUAUUGACGAUGUAAGAUUAAUGUAGUCAAUCUCACCUAGCAAGAUAAGAUUAUUAUUGUUGUCAGUCUUACAAAGUAUACUAUCAAAAGUAGCAGCAUUCUUUUGUUA